GUGAGGAUGAAGACCAUUCUCAGCAAUCACACUGCUGACAUCCCAGAAAAUGUGGACACCACCCUGCAGGGAUGCACAAUUAUUGAGAAGGGCCCCAGAGGCACCCUGUGGAGGGAAUUCAACCACAUGAAUGUAGAACUCAGUCUCCCUGAAAACAAAAAGAAGAGACUCCUGAUUGACAAAUGGUGGGGAAACAGAAAGGAACUGGCCAUGGUUUGUACCAUCUGCAGUCAUGUACAGAACAUGAUCAAGGGUAUUACACUGGGCUUCAGUUACAAGAUGCUGCCUGGAUAUGCUCACUUCCCCAUCAAUGUUGUUAUUCAGGAGAAUGGUUCCCUUGUUGAAAUUAGAAAUUUCUUGGGCAAAAAAAAAAAAAACAUCUGCAGAGUUCAGAUGAAGUCAGGUGUUGCUUAUUCAGCAUCACAAACACAGAAAGAUGAAUUGAUUCAUAAGGGAAACAACAUUGAACUUGUAUCAAUUUCAGCUGCUUUGAUUCAACAAGCCACAACAGUUAAAAACCAGGAUAUCAGAAAAAUUUUGGAUGGUAUCUAUGUUUCUGAAAAAGGAACAGUCUACCAGGCUGAUGAAUAA